GAUUCAUAUCAGUGUUCUAUUGAAAAAGUGUAAGGAAAAGACUGAGAUAUGUUGCGGUUCAUUCUUAUUUUUUAUUUUUUGCAAAAUGUGUUUUUAAUUAAUGCCAGUGGUUUCUAUUCGAUUGUGGGACCCAAGACUAUUCGGUCCAACACCACUUAUGGCAUUGGCAUUAUCAUGCACAACGCAACUGAGUCCACCAAUGUCUCUGUCAGCCUAACCGGACCCUCAUUCAGUAUAACUAAGGAAAUCCAGUUGGCACCCAUGUCCUGGAAAAACGUGGAUUUCGAUGUGCCAAAACUCACCGAUGGUGACUACCAUCUUAAAGCGAAGGGUGUUGGGGGUGUCGAAUUCCAGGACUCCGCAAAACUCGACUUUGCCGUCGACAAAACCUGGAUCUACAUCCAGACAGACAAGGCCAUCUACAAGCCCGCUGAUCUCAUGCAGUUCAGAAUUCUUUUCUUGGAUAAGCGCACCCGACCCGCCAUGAUCAACCAGCCCAUUUCUAUAAAGAUCCGCGAUGGAGCUCAAAAUCUGAUGAAACAGUGGAAUGAUGUCAAGCCGACCAUGGGGGUUUUCUCCGGAGAACUCCAGUUGUCCGAUCAGCUGGUGCUGGGAAACUGGAGUCUAGCUGUUACAGUGCAGGGCGAGGGCAAGAAGACCAAGGUCAUCAAGGUGGACCAAUUAAUGGAGCCGAAGUUUGGGGUAAUUGUGCAAACUUCUAAAGACGUGGUCGCCAGCGAUGGAAUUAUCAAAGCAAAGAUAUGGGCCAAAUACUCCUCUUUAAAGGCCGUCAAGGGUUCUGUUGUUGUUUCGAUCGAGGGCAGUGCAAUUGAGAAAACACUGCCAAUCGAUGGUCAUGCCGAUGUGGAGUUUCCCAUUACGCCUACCACCAAGAGUGACUUAAAAAUUGUGGCUACUGUGACGGAGGAACUGACUGAUCUCCGGAAAAACGGCACCGCCUACGUGACCCUCCAUCAACAUCGCCACAAGCUGGAGGGUCGCUCUUGGCCUACGAAUUUCAUUCCAGAAAGAUUACACAAACUAAAGAACCCGCUAAUAAUCAAUGUAAUGUCCACAGACGAUAUUUCCUACUUCAUGUUAACAAUUGUAGUUCAGGCUACAAUUUAUGUGCAUAACAUUAAGGAUGGGGUAUAUCGGUUUGAUGAGAAGACGAUUUAUUUUGAAAAGGAAUUCAACAACUCGAUUGAAAUCACAGCACCUGCGACGGCAAAUCCCAACGAAUUGGUGGGCCUCAAGGUAAAAACCGAUCCCCAUUCUUUUGUCGGUCUCCUGGGAGUUGACCAGAGAGUGCUGCUUUAUACAACUGACAACGACCUCGACCAUAACCAAAUAUUUAACAAUCUCGAAAAGUACUCGAACGCUGUGGUAACGCUGACCAAUGCAAAAAUAUACAACGACCCAGACUGGUGUAAUGAUAUUUUGACGUGGAGAUUCAAUAAUAACUGUCCUCCGAAACACGACGGCCUACGUUCUUCAGAAAUUGUAAAGGAUACUCCUCCAUCAACUUCUCAGUGGUUUCCUGACACUUGGCUAUUUUCAAAUAUAACUGAAGUGGGUGACAAUGGAAAUAUAACGCUGAUUAAACGGAUCCCCGAUACUAUGACUUCAUGGAUUGUCACUGGCUUCUCUUUGAACACCGAUUCGGGCAUUGCCGUGGCCAAGAUCCCAACCAGACUUCAAGUGUUCCGCCCUUUCUUUAUUACCACUAAUCUGCCAUAUUCUGUGAAAAGAGGUGAAGUAGUUUCCAUUCCCGUCAUGGUGUACAAUUUCUUGGGCACUCCUGUGGAGGCGACGAUAUCGAUAGAUAGCUCCGACAAGGAGUACGAGAUUAUCGAGGUCACCAAUGGGAAUGUGACGAAGUGGCAGCGGGAAAAGGGGCUACGGAUACCCACCAAUAGCGGACAAAGCACUUUAUUUAUGAUCCGCCCAAACAAAGUGGGUCUAAUCAAUCUGAAAAUUACUGCGGUAUCCCCAAUUGCCAGUGACACUAUCGUCCAGAGAUUGAAAGUGGAAGCCGAAGGCGCGACCAAUUAUGUCAGCAAAACCAUAUUAGUCAACCUAGAAGGGCACCAUCCCUUGAAUUCGUCCGAGCAGGAGAAAACAGUAGACGUAGAUAUACCCCCUGAUGUUGUGGAAGACUCUACGUUCAUAGAUUUUAAAGUAAGCGGAAGGAUCUUGGUGCCACAACUGCCAAACAUGGAGGAUCUAGUUGGAUUGCGCACUGGGGAUCAGAAUCUGCUAAACUUCAUAUCUCAAAUCCUGGCUUUGGAAGCGAGCCAAAGCAACAAUUCUGAGAUAUUGGGUCUUGCCAAAAAAUAUUUGGAAAGUGGCUACCACAACGAACUGACCUACAAAUUGGAUGACGGUUCCUUCAGCGCUUUUGGAAAGGCUGAUGUUACGGGCAGCACUUGGAUCACCGCCUUUAUAAUCCGCUCAUUCCACCAGGCUGCUAAAUAUAUAGACAUUGAUCCCAACGUCUUAACAGCUGGCCUCGAGUUCCUCGCUUCCCGGCAGGAGCAAAAUGGAUAUUUCCGCGAGCUGGGCAGGGCCUAUAAAAAUCACUAUGAAACUCCCUUGGCUCUUACCUCAUUCGUACUGCUGGCCUUUUACGAGAAUAAGGAGCACAUCUCCAAGUUUCAGAAUGUAAUUGAUAAGGCCGUUCAAUUUGUGGCCCGGGAAGUGGACCAGUCAAAUGAGCCGUAUGAUCUGGCCAUCGCCGCUCUGGCCCUUCAAUUGGCAAAAAAUGUUAAGGCCGAUGGAGUUCUGUCCAAGUUGGAAGGUAUGGCAAGCCGGGAAGGUGACCUCAAGUGGUGGCCCGGUUCAGAAAACGGCAUGAGCGACUACGAGGUCACCGCCUAUGUCCUGCUCGCUCUGCUGGAGAAAGAAAUUGAAGGAUUCACUGUCAACAAUGUCCAUUGUUUAUUGGCUGAUUAGCAAAGCGCAACAGCAACGGGAGAUUCGCCUCGUCCCAGG